AUGGACUAUUCGUACGACGAGGACCUGGACGAGCUGUGCCCCGUGUGCGGGGACAAGGUGUCGGGCUACCACUACGGGCUGCUCACAUGCGAGAGCUGCAAGGGUUUCUUCAAGCGCACGGUGCAGAACAACAAGCACUACACGUGCACCGAGAGCCAGAGCUGCAAGAUCGACAAGACGCAGCGCAAGCGCUGUCCCUUCUGCCGCUUCCAGAAGUGCCUGACGGUGGGGAUGCGUCUGGAAGCUGUCCGCGCUGACCGCAUGCGGGGUGGCCGGAACAAAUUUGGGCCCAUGUACAAGCGGGACCGGGCCCUGAAGCAGCAGAAGAAGGCACAGAUUCGAGCCAAUGGCUUCAAGAUGGAGACAGGCCCCCCAGCGGGGGUGCCCCCACCCCCCCAGCCCCCGCCGGACUACUUGCUACCCCCUGGCCUGCAUGCGCCAGAGCCCAAGGGCCUGGCCUCUGGGCCACCUGCUGGGCCACUGGGCGACUUUGGGGCCCCAGCACUGCCCAUGGCCGUGCCUGGUGCCCACGGGCCCUUGGCCGGCUACCUCUAUCCCACCUUCCCUGGCCGCGCCAUCAAGUCCGAGUACCCAGAGCCCUACGCCAGCCCACCACAGCCCGGGCCGCCCUACGGCUACCCGGAGCCCUUCUCCGGGGGGCCUGGCGUGCCUGAGCUCAUCCUGCAGCUGCUGCAGCUGGAGCCGGAUGAGGACCAGGUGCGGGCGCGCAUCCUGGGCUGCCUGCAGGAACCCCCCAAAGGCCGCUCCGACCAGCCUGCGCCCUUCGGCCUGCUGUGCAGGAUGGCUGACCAGACCUUCAUCUCCAUUGUGGACUGGGCGCGCAGGUGCAUGGUCUUCAAGGAGCUGGAGGUGGCCGACCAGAUGACGCUGUUGCAGAACUGCUGGAGCGAGCUGCUGGUGUUUGACCACAUCUACCGCCAGAUCCAACAUGGCAAGGAAGACAGCAUCCUGCUGGUCAUCGGGCAGGAGGUGGAGCUGAGCACGGUGGCCGCCCAGGCGGGCUCCCUGCUGCACAGCCUGGUGCUGCGGGCGCAGGAGCUGGUUCUGCAGCUGCACGCGCUGCAGCUGGACCGCCAGGAGUUCGUCUGCCUCAAGUUCCUCAUCCUCUUCAGCCUCGAUGUGAAGUUCCUGAACAACCACAGCCUGGUGAAGGACGCUCAGGAGAAGGCCAACGCCGCCCUGCUCGAUUACACCCUGUGCCACUACCCGCACUGCGGGGACAAGUUCCAGCAGCUGCUGCUGUGCCUGGUGGAGGUGCGGGCGCUGAGCAUGCAGGCCAAGGAGUACCUGUACCACAAGCACCUGGGCAACGAGAUGCCCCGCAACAACCUGCUCAUCGAGAUGCUGCAAGCCAAGCAGACUUGA